AUGGAUAACAGUCCACACGAUGCUAGUGUGUCAAACAAUGACGUCAGUGUCAAUCAAGACUCAGUACUGACUGAAGAUGAAGGCACAGAUGUUAAAAAGAAUCAGAAAGAAUCCUCAGAUUCGACUGAAGAACAGGUUGCUGAUAGCACAGGAACUAAGGAAGUCGAAGGCAUAAUGGAAGGUAGUUCUGAUAUUGUGGCAUGUUCUGAUAGGGUUGGAAGCCCUGAUACGGAUUCUGAUGACAGCCAGUGGACGGAUAUAUCAGACGAAGUAACAGAAGAUGAAAAAGAAUCUGCUGUUCAGAUUGUUUCCCGUAAGAGUUUUGCAAGCACGCCAGUCAAGGACAAAGCAGCUCAGAACUCCAGCAGUUUGAGUGAAGAGGAGAAGCAGAACUAUGCAUUUAUUAGUGAGCAGUUGUCAAUCUUGAACCAGGAGAGCAGUGAAGUGAAUACAGCCAUGCAUCGGUCACAGAAGAAACAGUUGAAAAACACACCAUCAAAGCACAAGGGUGACCAGAAGAAGACGCCAAGGAAACAUCUAAUCAUGGCAAGCUUAGAACUAGAGAACAGGAAGUCAUUGAAGAAGAGACUUGAAACCACGCCUCCAUCGACACCGAGCAAGUCGGUUGUUGCUGAUGCUGCUGGUGCUAGUGGCAUUGCUGGUGUUGACUACCUGAGUGCUGACGAUGCCGACACCUCCCAGGACAGAUUGCAAAUUGCGGAUACUGACAUGGAUGACAAGUUGGAGGAGAGCGCGCCAGAAGCAAGGGCCUGA